GCGCUGCUGCACUCACUGCCACUCAGUCAGUGGCGAGACGCCGCCGCGCACUAUCCGCACCGGAGAGAGCUCGCUCGCUCCUCUCGGCUCGCGCGCUCCCGGCCGAUACUCGCUCUUCGUCGCCCGCGACACCGAUUCGUAGCAUAGUGUGCCGUGCCGUAGCCCCGCAACGCAGCCGCAGGAAGGAAGAUGAGCAGCGGCGACGGUCCGCUCAAGGUCGCGCAGCUGCGGCCCGCGGAUCGUUGAAUGGACAGACAGGGAUCGGCGCCAGCGCCGCCCGAGUCGCUCAGGAGUCGCACGCGCAGAUAGCGAGCGGCCACCUCCGGACAGUACCGACUGCUCGCAGCGAGCGGCAGCAGCAGCAGCAGCGAGAGAAGCGAGAGUUGGGAUCCAGACGGUGAACGCAGCGAGGGCAAGAUUCGCCGAGCGAUGCUGCAGAGCUGCGCGGGCGGGGGCUCGAGGUGCGCCCGGCGCGGCCUGAUCCUCCUGCUGGCCUGGGGCCUGCUCAUGAUCGCGAUGGUGCAGUUCCGACACUCGGGCCAGGCGGGCAGCCUGCUGCCGAGCAACGCCGCGGCCCCCGAGGGCGAGUCGCAGCCCCUGCUGGCGCCGCUGCAGCGCCAGAGCCUCGCGGCCUCGCGUUUCCUGCUGCAGCGCCAGCCGGCCGCCGACUCGCCCGGCCGCUCGACCACCACGACGCCCGGCAGCACCUCCGCCGCAGCCGCAGCCGCCGCCGGCCAGCCCGAGCUCGAGCCCCUGCUCGACCGGAGGCCCGCCCGCACCGAGGACGAGCUCAUCCGCGAGAUCGAGGAGCGGCUGCCCAGCCUGCCGCUGGCCUACUGGACGCGCAACAGCAAGGCCGCCGGAGCCAAGCCGAGCGCCGGCAAGGAGGCCUGCCAGCCCCGCUACCCCAGCAUCUUCGAGCUCGAGUUCAACAACGUCUACUGGCAGACGCUGCGCAGCAGCAACGGCACCUUCCAGCUCUUCGGCGCGUUCUACGACGAGCGCAAGCUCUCGCGCAUCGGGCCCGCGCUGCGCAUCGUCGGCAUGAUCGACCGCAUCGAGCCGAGCGUCAAGACCCACUGCCAGAUGUGGUGGGACGGCGAGCGCGAGGCCCGCCUGGUCGAGGUGCUCGAGUACAAGUACAUCUGGUACAGCAAGUGGGGCAACUACAAGCAGGGCAUCUACCAGCCGUACGUGAUCGCGUGCAAGGUGCCGCAGUCGCACUGGCGCCGCGGGCCGCCCGCCUCGGUCUCGCUCGUCGAGCGGCGCUGCGAGACCGCCUCGAACAACCUGCGCGUCACCUACAACAAGCCCGCGCGCAAGAAGGACUUCGCCGUGUGCGUCAAGGGCCUGGACUUCCUGCACGAGGACCUCUCGGUGCGGCUCGUCGAGUGGAUCGAGCUGAUCGGCCUGCUCGGCGCCGACAAGAUCUUCUUCUACGAGCUGCAGGUCCACCCGAACGUGACCAAGGUGCUGCAGCACUACCAGCGCCUCGGCAGGGUCCACGUGACCCCGCUCACGCUGCCCGGCGGCCAGCCCAACGUCCCGGCCUUCCAGCACAUGUACCUCACCAAGAAGACCAACCACAAGCGCCAGAACGAGCUGAUCCCCUACAACGACUGCCUCUACAAGCACAUGUACGAGUACGAGUACAUCGCGCUGCUCGACGUCGACGAGGUCAUCAUGCCCGUGCGCGACGCCACCUGGCAGGAGCUCAUGGCCCGCGUCAUGCCCAAGGCGCUCAAGCUGCGCAACGAGACUCGCGCCUCCUACAACGUGCGCAACGUCUACUUCCUCGACGACCUGCUGCACUCGCACGGCUCCUUCAAGGACAUACCCAGGUACAUGCACAUGCUGCAGCACGUCUACCGAUCCAAGAACUUCACCAAGCCGAACCAGUACAUCAAGUGCUUCCACAACCCGGAGCGCGUGGUCACGCUCCACAACCACUUCCCGCUGGCCUGCCUCGGCGCCGGCUGCACCAGCUACCCCAUCGACACGGAGGACGCGCAGCUCCAGCACUACCGGGCCGACUGCGUCAAGUCGCUCAAGAAGACCUGCGUCGAGUACCGCGAGAACAGCGUCCUCGACACGACCAUCUGGCGCUACAAGGACAAGCUCGUCUCCAGGGUCACCGACACCCUCAAGACCCUCGGCUUCUUCGGCCCGGCCAGCCCCAGCUAGCCCCCGGCCCCGAGCCCAUCCGCCGACGACUACGGGGACGCCAGCGACCGGACUGACGAGAGCCUCCUUCUCUACGACAAUUAGUCUCUCUCAUUUUUGGCGCCCAAGCCUCUGCGAUUCGGCCACCACUCGGAUCGAAUCGGCUAUCGCGGGAGAGCGGGGUGAGGGAGUCGUUUGUUUGCGCUUGUUUGCUCCGACGCGCCGAGGGGGCUGAAAAAAAACAUUACACGCAGCCGAGCGCGCGCGGUAGUUUGCGAAAGUAACGAUGAAAAACGAGAGAGAGAGAGAGAGAGAGAGAGAGAGAGAGAGAGAGAGCUGCACUGUGAUGCGAUUACUGAAUAACGUUUAAUCAACUGUUUAUACCAGACAUACAGCGAUUCUGUAUUUAUACAUUACUCGACGGCUGCGCGCUCCCGCGCCCGAUGCGAUUUAUCGAACAAACUAUUGAUUAACGAAUCGAUGCCUUAUUAGUUUUUAGAUUUCGUUCGUAAGCUAAGAGUGUACGUGUGUCUGCGUGUGCGCGCGCGUGAGCGAGCGAGGCCUGGGCCAAUUAUAGGUCGUCGACCAUGCGACCUCGGAAGCGGGCCCGAGCUGUAUACCACGAUGUAAUCUUAUAACAGAGACCCGAGAGCGGAAACUUUGCGCGAAUGUCGCGAAUCGAGAGGUCGUCCGUCCUAAUCUUUGGCGGAAAAUUUCCCGUGCAACAUCGGCAAAACCGAAAUUCCCAAAGACUGGGACACUUGACGCGCAGCGGUAGGAUUUAGUUUAUUUUCAUGCCAAGAAAGAAUCUCUUCACCCCGAUGGGUGAUACAAUUUGUUGAAAGCAUCACUGUAGUCGUCUAAGAUAACAUUACUACUCUAUACACCUUUGUACAAAUAACUUCAUCACAAAAAAGAUACAAGAGUCGUGGGCGUAACGUUCGACAUAGUUAUGUCGGCGAGUCGCUUGCAUUAUGAGAAAAAAAAUUAAGUAUGUAUAAAUUAUAUAGUCAAGUUGCGAAUGUUAGGUGUGACUCGAUGUAUACUGGUCAAGUUUUCGUUUUCGGAUCUCCUGCGCGUCUCUCGCGAAACUUCCGUAACAUCUGCGCUUUACGCUAUAACUAAACGAUAAGCGAAUACUCAAUGUAUAAAUGUCUACGUUUACUCGUGAACAAUAUAAUAUGCAUACGUGUAUUUCCAUACAGCUAUCGUCGUCACAAAAAUUGUAUCGCAAAAAUUUUCAGCCGAGAGACGCGCCCACGAUGAAUCUCGAUCGCCUUCUGCGCGAAUGUGUGAAUCUAUAAUUGGCGCAUAGCAGCAUGAUAUCUCCGUACGAUAAACGCAAAAUUUUUGUCCUGCUGUAUCAAGCUGGGGUCAGAGGGCGAUUGAUUUUCUGCGCAGCGCAAAGUUUCUUAUCGGAAGCGCCGGUAAGGCAGCUCGCUUCUGGUAACGAAGCUGAGCGAGAGCUCUUACUCAUAGACUUUAUUUAAGGAAUGUCAAAUUUGCGCGUUUGUACAGUGGACUCGCUUUGGGUCCAAUAAGACAAUAACAAAAAGUAAAAUCUUCAAAUUAUCGACAAA